UACGCGCACCAAGCCGUCGGAUUGAUCUUGUCCGUGGUUUGUGUCGGUGGAGCACAAACCAUCAUGCUACUCCGAGUCCACGCUCUGUUCGGUCGCAACAAAACUUUGAGAAACACUCUCGUGGUUUUGUUCGCUGCAGCGCUGACAACUGAACUGCUCAUCGCCAUCAUCAAAUUGUCGACAGAUCACAUUGUCAUACAAACGGUCCCAAGUCCUCUGCUGAUCGAGCCUGUGAACUUCUGCAACGGGAAGGCGCCGAGGUAUCUCCUCGUCUAUCCGGGUCCCAUGAUGGCCUUCGACCUCGCCUUACUCUGUCUAGUCGUUAUCCAAAGCUGGCGCAUGCGCAAGGAGCAGUUCCCAGGCCGCCAAGAAUCGUCCUGGAGCGGCAUCCGAGUUCUCAAGGUCAUGUUCCGGGACUCAGUCAUCUAUUUCGCAUGGUAGACAACUCUGGUGAACAUAAAGCAAGCAUACGAGCAACCGGCAGGGGAGGCAAGUUGUCAAGGCGAGGUGUCUGAUUUCAGAGUGGCACCACGCCCAGUUG